GUUCCCACGCCACAGCAGUCUGCGAACUUGUGCCUGCUGCUAAUCAACUCGGCUGGGGCUCGUGAGGAGAUCCGUCAGGUGAAGACACUCACACACUCUUAAUACCUCAUAAGUCCUACCACUGAGAGCCAGCAGAGGGAGGAAACAAACCUUUGGCUAUAAGAUGGCUACAUUGCGCUUCGGGCAGCACAUUAUAAAGGCAUCGGCUAUGUUUCUGCAAACAGACCUGUCCUUCGCUCUGGUUAAUCGGAAGCCUGUGGUGCCAGGCCAUGUGUUAGUGUGUCCCUUAAGGCCGGUCGAGCGUUUCCGUGACUUGCGGCCUGAUGAAGUGGCGGAUUUGUUCUGCACCGCUCAGAGGGUGGCCAACGCUGUGGAGAAACACUUCAGUGCCUCCUCCUUGACCAUCGCCAUCCAGGAUGGACCCGAGGCCGGACAGACGGUGAAGCAUGUGCACGUCCACGUACUGCCGAGGAAGCCUGGAGACUUCGAGAGGAACGACAGCAUCUACGAUGAGCUGCAGAAACAUGACCGUGAAAGCGAAGACGUUGCGUCCAAAUGGAGAUCGGAGGAAGAGAUGGAGAAAGAGGCGACGGAGCUGAGAGGUCUCUUCAGUUAGUUUAUUUUGGU